AUGCCAACGCUUGUCGAUGUUGGCGUGUGCGAUGACGUUUCGUGCGUGGAAUCAGAGGGUUACCGGAGUCCCGCGCAAGGGAAAACGGAUGUCGCGCAUUGCAGAAGAGCGCCGGUGAAGUUCCUUCAGCCAAAAGCGCCCUUCCGCAGUUGUCGCCGGGGCCAGGUUGCGUGUGCGCUCAUGGUGAAUUUCCUCGCGUCUGUGAUUUUUUCAGCUGUACGUACACCCGCAGCACAACUCUCAGCGACGCGAAAGUGUGUGUCUCCGCCGCGUCAUUCCGUGCGGUUUCCUGCCCGGUUUCGCUUUUUUUCUCCCGGCGGCAAACUCGGCCGUGUCUCGUCUCCGAGUUCGCCUUCUUUCUUCGUCUUCGCGGAGGCUGCGACCCCCGGUUCCCCUUCUUUCCCAUCUGCCCGCUCGACUCCGUCUUCCACGCAACACGAAAGUGCGGCGCGCGGUGACGAAGCGCCAACUGCGCCGGCAAGAAGGCGCCGCGCAGUUCUUUGGAGCGCCUUCGUCUCUCCCUCUCCCCUGCGUCACCUUCUAACCGCCCCUGCCAAACUGCACUCCGCGCCGCCCAUUUCUUUCCUCUCUUCGCUUCCUCUGCUCUCUCUGCACACGGCGUCACGCGCUGCUCUCCCACGCUCGCUCUCCUUCGCCGACGGAGCUCAAAACGUGAGUGGAAACGCAGACACCGCGACCCUGAACCCUGCAGACUCAAGCGCACAGGAAAGCCCCGCUGGCGGAGCGCCUCCGCUUGAAGCCUCCACGCGUCCUUCUCCUCGCGCCGAGGUGCCCGCGCCGCAGCAGAUCAAAUUGCCCAGAGCGAUCCGGCCGGGCGCCGGGAGCGACGAGAGUGAAGCGUCAGCAGAAACAGGACAGGCCGAACGAGAGGAAGGCACAGACACAGAGACCUCUUUUGGGCACACGGAGCCUUCGCAGGGGCAGGAGAACGCGACGACGAGCGCAGAGGACACACAGAAGAAAGUCAUCAUGGCUUGGCGCUGCUCAGGAUCCAGCAACGAGGAACUCGUCGACAACCUGCGGCGGAGCAGAGUCAUUCGCAGCGACCGCGUCUACGAGACCAUGAAGGCUGUGGAUCGCGGAAAAUUUAUUCGCUCCUGCCCGUACCUUGAUUCGCCGCAGCCGCUCGGCAUCUCCUCUGCGACGAUAUCUGCGCCGCACAUGCACGCUGCGGCGCUUGAGGCUCUCAAGGACCAGCUCGUCCCCGGAAACCGAGCGCUCGACGUGGGCUCUGGCUCAGGCUACUUAACGGUGUGCAUGGCGCACAUGGUCGGCGUGCGAGGCGCGGGCGCCUCGGUGGUGGCCGGCGCGCCAGAAGGCUACGCGGCUGGAGUCGAUUACAUCCCCGAGCUCGUUCAGUACUCCGAAGAAAAAGUGAAGGCGGCGUACCCGGAGCUGCUGCAGAAUCCGCGCUUUCGGCUGCGCGUCGGCGAUGGUUGGAGGGGCUACGCGGAGGGCGGGCCGUAUGACGCGAUUCACGUUGGGGCGGCGGCGUCGGCGAUUCCGAAGGAGCUCCUCGCGCAGCUCCGGCGCGGCGGAAAAAUGGUGAUUCCGGUCGAGACCGACGCCGACGGCCACGUGCGCUUCGAGGACGAAGUCGAGGCGGGCGCAGGGCAGGGCGGAGGCGCAGCGGGGGUGGGCUUCGGCUUCAACAAGGGCCGGGACCUCUUCUCUGUGGGGCAGACGUUUGUGGAGGUCACCAAGAACGUCGAGGGGAAUGUGAAAGUCAAGAAACUCAUGGGCGUUAUGUACGUUCCUCUCGUCAAGCAGAGCAAGCCGCACAAAUAG